UAACCUAAGCACGACGCGCUGUCAAAAUUUACAGCGUUGCCACAUUAUUACCUGUAAUUUUGAACCAUGUGUUCUAACCUAUAAAAUCUGUAAUCAAAACGUUUCACCAGAAGUUAAUGUUUAUAUUGAAAAAAACUAUAUUUUGGUUAUUUAGUUAUUUUAAAUAACUAAUGUUUUAACAAUUAUAAAGUGAAAUUUAUAAAAUGGUUAAGAAAAACAAACGUUACUUCGACAAAUCCGAAGAAAAACCUUCUGAAGAUGCAACUGACAUUAAUUCUGAUAAAAUUAUAACUUUCGAUAUAAGUGAUAUAAAACCUAAACAUUUUAAUAAAAAAAAGAAACAACAAAACAACCCUAUAGUGAGGAAAAAAACUGUAAACCCAAAGUACAGAGGCAAGGUUCCUGUAUCAAAAGAGUUAUUAAAUAAGUACAGUCAAGGUAAAGGAGCAAACAUUAAUGGAGUAAGGACAAUUGUGCAUCAAAAGAAAUUGGAGAAAAAGGAACAUGACAUAAAACUUGCGACUGAAAUAGCAGCCAGGGCUGAGAUCCUUUUAACUGAAGAAUCUGGAUUUUUAGAAGCCGACGAUGGGGAGACAACCACACAAUUUACACAAAAACAAAUUGUUGACAGUGUGGACAUUACCUCUGCUGCAAAGCAGUUUGAUUUAUCUUUAGAUUUUGGGCCUUAUAAAUCAAGAUAUACCAGAAAUGGCAGGCAUUUGGUUUUGGGGGGCAAAAAGGGUCAUGUUGCUGCCUUCGACUGGGUUACAAAAAAGUUACAUUGUGAAUUUAACGUUAUGGAGUCAGUACAUGAUGUUUGUUUUCUACAUGUGGAGACGAUGAUGGCUGUAGCACAGAAAGAUUGGGUUUAUAUUUAUGAUAAUCAAGGCAUUGAGUUGCAUUGUAUAAAAAGGUUGAAUAAGGUUACUAGAAUGGAAUUUUUACCUUACCAUUUUUUGCUCUCGGCGUGUAGUGAUGAAGGGUAUUUAAGUUGGUUGGAUGUAUCCAUAGGUAAAUUGGUAUCUCAGCUUAAUACAAGGUUGGGCAGGCUUUCCAUGUUGGCUCAAAACCCUUGGAAUGCUAUUUUGUGUGUUGGACAUGCUAAAGGUGUGGUGUCAAUGUGGAGCCCGAAUUCCAGGGAACCACUGGCCAAAAUGUUGUGCCACAAGGCUCCAAUUACAGCCCUUCAUGUAGACCCAUCUGGGAUGUAUAUGGCAACAUCUGCAAGCAAUAGAGAAUUAAAAAUAUGGGAUGUAAGAAAUUUAAAUGGUCCCUUACAAGAUUACAAACUGGUAACUGCUGCCAAUCACUUAAACUUCUCACAAAAGAAAAUGUUGGGUGUGGGAAUGGGUAAUGUUGUUGAAGUAUACAGAGACUGUUGCACAAAUUCAGCCAAAAAACCUUAUUUAAGGCACAGGUUUGUUACGUCAAUAGAAAGUUUAAACUUCUGCCCCUAUGAGGAUGUGUUGGGGGUGUCAACUUCCAGAGGGUUUACUAGUCUUCUAGUACCAGGCAGUGGUGAACCAAACUUUGAUGGUUUGGAAGCAAAUCCAUUUCAAACCAAAUCACAGAGACGAGAGGCUGAAGUCAAAUCUCUUCUUGAAAAAAUACAACCUGAGCUUAUUACCUUACAACCUACUGCUAUUGGUGAGGUGGAUGUUGCAUCUCUGAAAGAUAAAGUUGAAGCCAGAAAUAAGCUUUUGUUUAUUAAACCCAAGAAGAUUGAUUAUCAACCUAGAAAUAAAGCUAAAGGCAAAGGAGGCACUGUCAAUAUGCAUAAAAAUAAGAAAAUAUUGCAAGGAGAAGCUAAGAAGGAGUUUAUUAGUAACACCAAGGAUUUGUUACCCAAAUUUGAGCAGCCAAGGAAAGUAAAGCCUCAAGAGAAACCAUUUAAUAUUUUGGAAAGGUUUGUUCCAAAAAAACCUAAAGUUUAAUUUUUUUUAUAAAAUUGAUAAGACAUUUUUUAAUUGUAAAUGACCG